UCUUCUGUCAUCUUGCAGUGCAGCUUGCCUCUUUCAGUCCGGCACAGUUGGAUAUGUGGAGGUCUCAGGCGUUCUUUGACAUGGAUGAGGCUUCCAGCCAUCGAUCAGGACUCGAAGCUCUCGUCAGCCGGUGAGGAGUUCCUUAGUCCCGAGAAUGGGGGGAAGCGGGGUCGAGGGAUUUAAGACGUGGUGGUUUCGUUUAAGGUUUCGUUCAUCAAAGUUCUUGUAGCUUCGGGAGCUCAAGUUCACGCAACCAUUAUCCUCAGUAGUUUAAUUCGAGAAUAACGAACUCAAAAUGACGAUUCCAGACGAGGUCGAUAUCAUUGUUUGUGGUGGUGGGUCGGCAGGAUGCGUAGUCGCUGGACGACUGGCGAACUUGGACCAUAAUCUCCAGGUCCUCUUGAUUGAAGGAGGCGAGAGCAACCUGAACAAUCCAUGGGUCUUCCGCCCAGGAAUAUAUCCUCGUAACAUGAAGCUUGAUAGCAAAACAGCCUCGUUCUAUUACUCAAGGCCUUCGGAGUGGCUUGAUGGACGGCGAGCAGUCGUUCCUUGUGCCAACAUCCUCGGUGGUGGAUCGUCCAUCAACUUUAUGAUGUACACCCGUGCUUCCGCUUCCGAUUAUGACGAUUUCCAAGCCAAGGGCUGGACCACCAAGGAGCUCAUUCCAUUGAUGAAAAAACACGAAACCUACCAGCGCUCGUGCAACAACCGCGACCUCCACGGUUUCGACGGCCCUAUCAAGGUUUCCUUCGGUAACCACACGUAUCCCAUCAAGGAAGACUUCCUACGUGCCACCGAGUCCCAGGGCAUCCCCACCACCGAUGACCUGCAGGACUUGACGACUGGCCAUGGUGCCGAACACUGGCUCAAAUGGAUCAACCGUGAUACCGGCCGUCGCAGUGACUCGGCUCACGGCUACAUCCACAGCACCCGAUCGGUCCACCAGAACCUCCACCUUAUGUGCAACACUAAGGUUGAUAAGGUAAUUCUCGAAGGAGGUCGAGCUGUCGGUGUCCAGGUUUGCCCGAUGAAGCCGUUACAUCCGAACCAGAAGCACCAAUUCAAGACUAUCAGGGCUCGGAAGCAGAUUGUCGUCUCUGGAGGCACCUUGAGCUCUCCAUUGAUUCUUCAGCGCUCAGGUAUUGGCGAUCCCGAGAAGCUUCGCAAGGCUGGCGUCAAGCCUCUGGUCGAUCUCCCAGGUGUCGGCUUGAACUUCCAGGAUCACUAUCUUACCUUCUCGGUCUUCCGUGCUAAGCCCAACGUGGACUCAUUCGACGACUUCGUCAGAGGUGUGCCAGAGGUCCAAGAUAAGGUGUUCCGGCAGUGGGACACAAAUGGUACCGGACCGUUGGCUACUAAUGGUAUCGAUGCCGGUGUGAAGGUCAGACCAACGGAAGAGGAGUUGAAGCAGAUGGAUAAUUGGCCAUGCAAGGAGUUCAGGAGCGGGUGGGACAGCUACUUCAAGAAUAAGCCUGACAAGCCGGUCAUGCACUACAGUGUCAUUGCUGGAUGGUUCGGAGACCACAUGCUCAUGCCUCCUGGCAAAUUCUUCACCAUGUUCCACUUCCUCGAGUACCCUUUCUCGCGCGGCUCGACCCAUAUCACUUCUGCCAACCCUUACGAGGCUCCAGACUUCGACGCCGGUUUCAUGAAUGAUAAGCGCGACAUGGCCCCAAUGGUAUGGGGAUACAUCAAGUCCCGAGAGACGGCACGCCGUAUGGAUGCCUAUGCUGGUGAAGUUCAAGCCAUGCACCCGUUCUACAAAUAUGAUUCAAAGGCGAGGGCCAAGGAUCUGGAUCUGGCAACGACCAAUGCAUAUGCGUUGGAAGGAAACGUUAGUGCCGGUAUUCAGCAUGGAUCUUGGUCAAUGCCGGUCGAAGAGGGCCGCAAGCCGGAGCCUUCACUCAUCAACUCGAGCUGCCAAGAUAUUCGCGAUGACCUCGAGUACAGCAACGACGACAUUCAAAAGAUUGAGGAUUGGACCAAGAGGCACGUGGAGACGACCUGGCACUCGCUGGGCACGUGCUCGAUGGCGCCGAAGGAGGGUAACUCGAUUGUAAAGCAUGGCGUUCUGGACGAGCGACUGAACGUCCAUGGCGUAAAGGGCCUGAAGGUGGCGGAUCUCUCCAUUUGCCCCGACAAUGUUGGAUGCAACACGUAUUCGACCGCGUUGCUUAUUGGUGAGAAAGCCGCGAUGCUGGUUGCCGAGGACCUUGGAUAUUCGGGUGAAGCUCUCGAUAUGAAGGUUCCGAAUUACCAUGCCCCUCGUGAGAUUGCGGGCUUGGCUAGGCUUUAGAUGCUGAGGGUAUGUGGUCGCAGUAACAUCUUGAUGUUCGCAAAUGAGAAUGAAAGAGGCAAGACUGAGCAAAGCAGAACUGGGGGAUUGCCAUGAUUUAUGAGAUUACACUUUUUGUUUGUAAAUAGCUUUCAAUGAACAGUAGACGAGAUGGGGAGAACGUGUUGUUGCAAGACUGAUGAUGAUACAAGUAUGUGAAAAAUUGGGAACAGUGCAUCGCCGGAAACAAGGUU